UUUUAAUCGGUUAUUUGCUUAUUACUUACUUUUAAAGUAUUCAUUUGCUUCGUUUUUCCAUCUAUCCGCCGCCUCAAUAUCCUCCUUGGACAAGGGCCCGCUGCGUCAGCACCUUGACGACGGUCUUCUUGUCCAACUUGCACUUUGGAUAGAGUUGCUGGCAGUCGCCGUGCGUGCGGCCCGCGCUCACCGCUUCGAAUAUUGCCGUGCCGUCCAGCAUACGACGGACUAGCGAGUUGCUGGAGAUGAAUAGUGUACGUGUCAUGUGAGAAAGAUGUGAGAGGUUCGCGAAAAUCCAGGCUGUUUACUUUCAAUACGCAUGACGAAGAUGUAACAGUGACAUUGGAUUUUUCAAUUCCCUUCCUUACAAUACCCGUGAAACCUACUAUGGACAACGUUUUCGGAUCUGCAGGUAUACCGUCAGUGAACCUAAAUGUACCAGCUCUGGUAUUAGGGGGAGGGUUGGUCAUAGCCUCGACAUUCCUGCUUCCGUUACUGUUCAAGACUUACGCACAUCAUCCUCCUUUGGACAGAUAUGCUAAGAUAUUGGAGCACACACAAUUCGGUGCUGACGGUGUACUGGACUUCGCAAAUAACGUGCUGAGCGGCGGCGUGGAAGGGUGCGCGCUCAGGGUUGCUUGCUGGUCGGGCCAGCGUGAUCACGAAGAUGAGGCCAAAUUCUGGACGGGAAUGAUGAGCAACCAGCUGGUGUCCACCCUGGUAAACUCCACAGCGGUAGAAGACGCCAUCGCAUCAGGCCGACGCGGUAGGGACUGCUCCGUCUACUCGCCCUGCCCUCUCUCGGCGCAGCACUAUCCCAUGCUGAUGAAACAUUUAAUGCAGCUGUCUAAUACUAUCAGUUAAGACUUAAGUUAGUGGUGGGCAUACGGCCCGCAGGCCAUAUCCGGCCCGCGAAAGGAUUCUAUCCGGCCUGCUACCGGUCCUUUUAAAAUAGUGUGUGAUAUAACACACACUCGCGUCAUAAUUCUCGCGUUUUGUUCAAAUUUUUAAAGACACACAGGUAAAAAGCGAUAAAAAUGUUUACCUUUUUCCCAACGUUUCGGCCAGGUUGGUAGUCUUCCGCGACCACGGCUAGUGCAACCUGGCCGAAACGUUCGAAAAAAGG